UCGAUGUUGAGGAUAUCGAUGGUGGUACCGAUUCCAAUCGAAUCCGCUCUUCUGCUCUCUUGCAGGGUUUGAAAAUUUAAAAACCAUUUAUCAGAUUACGGGGUGAUCCCGUUGCCGUCAAAAUAAUUGUCAUAAUGCCAGACGUUUUACUCUCUGAUACAGUCGCUAUGGAGAUAGGAGCUCAAGAGCCUUGGCCCCAACCGAUAAAGUUAUAUCAACCGUACGAGGUGGAGCAAAUUCUGCUUCCGGACAAUGCAAACUGUCUAGCGGUCCAGGCAUACCUCAAAAUGUGUGGCUUAGAGUUCCAAAUUGAACCAAGAAGCAACGCCGAGUAUAUGUCCCCCUCCGGCAGGGUCCCUUUCAUAAAAUGUGGGGCUUUUGUUGUGGCGGACUUUGAUCCUAUAGUGAACAUGGUUAGUACCAGAGGAUCCAGUCUAUCUGGGAAUCUGGAGCCAACGGAUAAAGCAGAUAUGAGAGCGUACAUUUCUCUGGUCAACAACGUUCUCGUCAAUGCCGAACAGUACGUCUGUUGGGUAGACCCGGCGACUCUCAACUCUGUAACAAAACCUAGACACGGAAGCGUGUAUCCUUGGCCAUUGAACCACUUGUUAAACUGGCAGAAGAGAAAUCAGAUCGUUAAAAAACUGAGCGUAUUAGGAUGGUACAAUAAGACUCUAGACGAAGUAUUUGGCGAGGUGAAAAAUUGCUGUACCGCAUUGGCAGAGAGACUAGAAGGGAAAACGUACUUCUUUGGAGAUGACGGACCAAACGAACUGGACGCACUCGCAUUCGGACACAUAUUUACCAUCCUGACUACGCCAUUGCCGAACAACUCCCUGGCAAAUAUCGUCAAGAGUUAUCCGAUCCUCGUUGAUUUAUGCAAACGUAUAGAAGCCAGGUACUUCCAACGCACCGAGGACGAUUAAAAAAUAACUCCCUAUCGAUUUUCGAAAAACAAUAAAUAAAAACUAAUCAAAAUUACAUAGAACUUGAUACCCAGAGAUAUAUUAUUUCUAUAAUAUGGAUAUCCGAUAGCGUUGUAAAUAGUAUAAUUAGCGUAAUCAUAGCUUAGUGGGAUCGAGAGAGAUUGUUUCGGUCAUAAUUGUCUCUACUGAUUAGUCUAAUCCAAACAUCGCGCAAUAUUUAAACAAAAAAAAAACAAAUCAAUCGCAGCUUCUAUUUUAUUUAUUUUCUACGAUUAAAAUAUAUCAAAAACAAUAAAACUGGUACAUCAAUGAA